CAAAGAAGCACUUCCGCUCGCGCAUGUCACGUGAUGCGCAUGUCCUUGGUUUGGCUAACUUUGACAUGUGAGCUACAGAAACAUGUCUGUUACUAAAAAAACCGGUGGAAAAGCAUUCGAAAUUUUACAGAAUUUACCACGUAUCACAUUGGCAAACCUGCGGCCUGAACCAGGGUCAAAACAGUUGGAAAAGCGGAGAGGCAGAGGACAACAUGGGGGAAACCGAAGCGGCCGCGGGCACAAGGGAGAAAGGCAGAGAGGCAACCGGCCUCGCUUGGGAUUUGUUGGCGGUUCGACUCCAUUUUACUUAGCCAUUCCAAAAUACACUUACAACGAGGGCCACAGCCGACGUCCACAGUACCAGCCCCUGACGCUCAAACGUCUGCAGUAUCUCAUUGAUUUGGGCCGGCUCGACACAACUCAACCCAUAGACCUGACCCAGCUCGUGAAUGCCAGAGGGGUCACCGUGCAGCCCCUCAAGAGAGACUACGGGGUCCAGCUUGUAGACGAAGGUUCUGACAUUUUUGCUGCAAAAAUCAACAUAGAAGUUCAAAGGGCUUCUGAAGGGGCCAUUGCUGCUAUUGAGCGGAAUGGAGGAGUCAUAACCACCAGUUAUUAUGAUCCUAUAAGCCUCGGGAUUCUCAUCAAGCCUGUCCCAUUCUUCUUGAGAGGACAGCCUAUACCACGCAGAAUGCUACCAGGAGAGGACAUGGUGCCCUAUUAUUCAGAUGCUGAAAACAGAGGUUACUUGGCAGAUCUGGACAAAAUCCAGCAGGCUCGAAUAGCCUUGGCCCUCAAGUAUGGCUAUGCCUUACCCAACAUUUCAAAAGACGAACUCUACCACAUGCUUUCUAUGAGGAAAGAUGUCAGACAAAUCUUUUUUGGUCUUGCUCCGGGAUGGUUGGUUAAUAUGCAUGAGAAAAAGAUUUUGAAGCCUACUGAUGAGAAACUGCUCAAAUAUUACAAUUCGUAGUUUGUAAAUAAAAAAAGUAAAUUAAUACAUGUGCAUUGUUGAAUUAAAAGCAUUAGUAUACAUGACUUAAUGGAAAAUACAUUUGAAAGCAACCUUACUCUAAACUCAAGAAUAAAGUUAUUAUAGACUAUAGACAUAAACAUGAAAAACUUGAAAAGUUGUGUUAAAAUGUUAAAAUGUAUUACUUAAUUUUUGAUAAUCUUUGAUAAUGCUUUGAUAGUGCACUGCACCGAUUAACACAGCUAAUCCAUCGCUGUCAUUAAUGAAUGGUGCAAGGGACAUGCACUGUAACAGGUGAGGGGGAAAUAAGGAAAAUAAGAUGGCUCAAAGAAUGAAAACAGGAAACAGAUGCCCAGUGCUGUGUGUAACUUGCAAAAAGACUUGUAUAGAUCUAGAAGGGGAGUUAGAAAUUAGUCAUACGCAGCUGUAUCCUGGCCUGGACACUCAAAAGGGCUCCUUACCCUACUGCAGCAGCAAAUCGGGCAAACUCAUAUUUUGCCCAAAUAAUUAUGAGGAAGUACCAUUAAGAACUUUCAGGACUAACAUUUAUUUUAAAAUUUAUAAUUGAUUUAAUUCAUGUUUUACUGUGUAAUAUAAACGUUAGAAAUACAAUUAUUAUUGUAUUGUAUGAUUACAUUGCUUAAAUAUUACACAGCAUGUUUUAAGUCACAGGGUUGACAAUUUUUUUGUGGGUGUCAUUUACAGUAUAUUGAAAAUCUUUCUAAGCUAAAAGCCACUUUGCUAAUAGUAACUUGGUAUUUUAUUUGAGAUAUUGUCCUGAGUUCCAAUAGGGAACAAUUUCUGCUCCUUCAAAAGCACUAUCAAAGGAAGCAUAUGUUUGUGUGUGUCAAAUGGCUUUUGCUGUGUUGGUUAUUCAGUAACCUAGAAUUUAUAUAAUUUUUCAUUUGUGAGUUGAUUGUACUAUUAGGAAAGUAAAAAUACAAGCUUGACAUGACAUGACACAGAGGUUUCACAUUGGCCUCUCAUAUGGGACUUCAAGUAUCUAAUAUACUACACAGUUUGUGGAUGCAUGCAAUGCUGGCUUGUCAGGAAACCAGCCCAAAUCCUUACCGCAUAAUACCGAAAAUAAAUCACACCACAGGAAAGAAAGAGCACAAUCAUUGUUUAUGGCAGAACUACAGCGCUUAUCUUCAAAGUAGCAGAUCCUUUUGAGUCAAAGUCAACUCACAUUUCUAAUACAAACUUCAGUCUAAGAGUGUGCUGCACUAAAACAGAAUAAAGUUUUUUCUGUGGUC